AUGGAUUGGCAUUACACCACAAAACCAUUUCUUCCUCACCCAGAUACCUUAGGCUUCUUCUACAACUACAACAACAACAACCGUUAUCCAGGAGUGGAAAUGAAAGAAGCGACAAUGUUGGAGACAGGAGAAGGUUCAAUUCCGGCAAUGUACAACGGAGGCAAAGAGAAGAAGAAGAGGUUAACAAGCAACCAGUUGGAGUUAUUGGAGAGGAGCUUCCAGGAAGAAAUAAAGUUAGACCCUGAAAGGAAGAUGAAGCUUUCGAGGGAGCUAGGUCUUCAGCCUCGCCAAAUCGCUGUUUGGUUCCAAAAUAGACGUACGAGGUGGAAAACGAAGCAGCUUGAGCACUUAUAUGAUGUUCUCAAGCACCAAUAUGAUGUCAUCUCCAGCGAAAAGCAGAAGCUUCAAGAAGAGGUUAUGAAGUUGAAGGCAAUGCUGAGUAAAGAGCAAGGUUUUGGGACGUAUUCCAGAUAUCAAGAAAUAUCUGGAGUAGAAACGGUAGAAAGCACUUCAGAGGGUCUAAGGGGUUCGAACAAGGGACAGGGAAAGAAUAAGAUUGAGCAGGUUGCAGAUGAGGGGUUUUGUUGUUUGAGUGUGGAGGAUUAUAACACUGUUUCAGUGCCUUUCUGCCAGUGGCCUGUUGCACCUUAUUAGCUAUUAUCCAUGAUUGAUGUUCCAAAAGUAUGAGCAUUAGUAUUAGUGUUUUUAGGUAGAAGAUGAUAACCUUUUUUCUGAAUGACAUUAGGAUCUGUGCAGACAUGUCUGGUUUGUAGUUAUGAUUCCUGAAAAAGCGAA